AUGCCGACCAGCAUCGAAAAAGCCAUCUCUACCGUCCUCCAGCAGGGCGAGCCCCUCGCCGUAGCGAACGUCCUCGUCGCAUACCUCAAAAUCCUCGGCUACAUGGCCCCCGACGACAAGGAGCUCUCCGUCCCGCACGAGGCUCUCGUCGCGUUCGAACACGCGCUCGACAAGGAGCCCGCCUUGUCGCUCAGGCGCCAGGCCUCAAAGUGCUCCGUCCUCUGCCAGCGCAUGUACACUGCCGAGAUCACCCAGCUGCGGAAGGAAUACUGGAGGGAGAGGUUGGGCUUCGUCGCUGCGGCGCGCUGCACAUGCCCGACCUGCGGGAAUACGGUCGCGUACCGCAAGGAGGAGUUCGAGGAUACGGAAGAAGAGGUCAUCACCCCACCAACGCGGAUCAAAGCUUCUCGUCGGAAGGUCAAGGCAAGACGUCUCGCCAAGAGACUUCGAGAUGCACGGAAUAUCGCCCCAAUCGACCCUUACGGCCCAUCGACUAGCGCCCUUGUCCUUUGA